AUGGCGAAUCCAAGCUCAAACAAUGCUAUCGUUGUUCUAAAGACUUUGUACAAUCAAUACCAGAAGUCGACUCCAAGCCGUCUGAAGCUCAUUGAUGCCUACUUGUUUUACAUCUUGAUCACUGGAGUUGCUCAGUUCGUCUAUGGUGUAUUGUUUGGUACCUUCCCAUUCAAUGCUUUCUUGGCUGGCUUCAUUUCAACUGUAGCUUCAUUUGUUUUGGCUGGUAAGUUGAUUUAUGUCGAAUUGUUUAAAUUUAGCUCUUUUAAGUUUAAUACAGGAAGAAAUUACAAUGCAAAACAUAAAUUAAUAUAAAGAGAAAUAUAUUUUAGCUUGCUUGCGAAUUCAAGUAAACCCAGAGAACCAAAGCGAGUUCAAUCAAAUUAGUGUAGAACGAGCCUUUGGAGACUUUAUCUUCGCUCACCUCAUUCUCCACCUGGUAGUAGUCAACUUCCUUGGUUAA